CAAUAGUGGAGCUGUAAGUUGCAGAACACAGUUAUUACAAACAACUACCCUGGCAAACAAACUGAGCAGUAAAAAGAAGAGGAUAUGCCUUUAAUGAUGGAUGCUGUCUUCUUUAAUCAUUGCUUCUUAAAGAUAUCCUCAAUGGUCACUCUCCACCCCACGUCCUCUUUCAGCUUGGAGGAUGUGAUGACCUAGGUCGGGGACUUCUACAUGACUGCUGUCACUGCCACUCUGUGAUUGACUGGCGAAGAAGGUGCAAUUCAGAAUCCCAGUGUACCUUGUGUGGUGAACCAGAAGACCAACAAUUCUCAUGGUCACCUUCUCACCCCUUCAAUGAAGCCAUCUCCUCUCCAUCAUCGAGGACCAUGAAAGGAUUGACUACGAGUCGUACGCAGCCCCUGCUCAGCUCAGCGCACUCCUGUGGCCUAGUGACGGAUGACUGUGAACAUUCCCAUGAGCACUCACACCAUGGCCUGGAUUCCCGCCAGUCAUACCUGCUCAGUCCGACAGAGAGCUGCCAGAUGGACCGUCACCGCUGUUCACCCCGCAGUUCCAUACACUCCGAGUGUAUGGUUCCCAUGGUUUCCGGGGAGCACAUGUCCAGCAGCACAUUCCCCCGGAUGCACUACACCUCCCACUAUGACUCCAGGGAUGACUGCACCAGCGUGUCACACACAGGCAGCAAAAUCAACCGCAUCCCCGCCAACCUGCUUGACCAGUUUGAAAAACAGCUGCCACUACAACGUGACGGAUUCCACACGCUGCAGUACCAGCGCACCUCCACCACCAACGAGCAGCGCAGUGAGAGCCCCGGCCGUAUCCGCCACCUCGUGCACUCUGUCCAGAAGCUGUUCACCAAAUCUCACUCGCUGGAGGGUGCCUCGAAGGGGAAUGUGAAUGGCACCAAGGGGGAGGGCCGACAUUCCGACGAUCACCAUCAUUCCCACCAUCCCAAACAUGGCAAGCGGAGUAAGAGUAGAGAGCGGAAGCCGGAGCCCAAGCAUAAGUCGGCAAUGAGUGCCUGGUGGAGCUCUGAUGACAACUUGGACAGUGAAAGCACGUACCGUACCCCCAGUGCGAUGAGCAAACAUCACAUGGACCACAUCUCUCAGUACUAUCCAGACAGCAGUCAGGGGGCCUUCAGUGAUCUUACGCUGAAGACAUCGAAAAGCAACAACGAUGUUAAAUGCUCUGCUUGUGAAGGACUACCCAUGACUCCUGAAGGUAAAUACAUGAAACGGAGUUCGUGGUCCACACUGACUGUCAGCCAGGCUAAGGAAGCCUAUCGCAAGUCAUCUCUCCAUCUGGAGAAACCUCUCAUCCAUCAGGAAAUCAAAUCAUCUCUAAGGCCAUGUCAUUACCUACAAGUGCCCCAGGAUGAGUGGGGAGGAUACCCACUGGGAAACAAAGAUGAGGAAAUUCCUUGCCGGAGGAUGAGAAGUGGCAGUUAUAUUAAGGCCAUGGGUGAUGAAGAAAGUGGUGAUUCUGACACAAGCCCAAAAGGUUCACCCAAGUCUGCCAGUCUCCACCAGACCUUAAUGAAAGCAGCCGGGCAGAAGAUGGACAAUCAGAACCAGAGCUACCUGCAAUCUGCAGUUGAGGUAACCAUCAACCACAGUUUAGACCCCAGUGCCAACGAGAACUCGCCCAAGUUCCGUUCAAGGAACCAGAGCUACAUGAGAGCGGUGAGCACCCUGAGCCAAGCCAGCUGUGUCAGUCAGGUGAGUGAGGCCGAGGUCAACGGACAGUUUGAGUCAGUUUGCGAGUCUGUUUUCGGAGAGAUUGAAUCCCAGGCUGUGGAUGCUUUGGACCUUCCUGGCUGCUUCCGCACACGCAGUCACAGUUACCUGCGUGCCAUUCAAGCUGGCUACUCACAGGAUGAUGACUGUAUCCCAUCACUGUCAUCAGCCAUGAUGGCUUCCUCCAUCAGAUCCACCACAGCAUUCCCCCUGUACGGCAUGCAACAUUACUCGCCAAGAAAUCGGGAGCUCAGCGCGUGGGGAGUUUCGGGCAUGGCAACUCGUCCUAAUACUCCACAGCAUAUUGUAACUUGCACUAAUUACAAAAAGACCCCACCACCAGUACCACCUCGCACCACCUCCAAGCCAGUAAUUUCAGUGACCACCCAGAGCAGCACCGAAUCAACUCAGGAUGCCUACCAUGAGAACCGGUCUCAGCGGAGCUCGCCCUGGCCCCAGGAAGGAAAGGGUCUUUAUAACUCAACGGACAGCUUGGACAGUACAAAGGCAGUGAACAUCGCUUUGGAGACCAUGCCAGCACAGCAGCCCAGCGUGAACAGCGGCCGAAACAGCAAGGUCCUAACCCGAGACAAAGCCAUCCUAACCCUUGACGUGGGAAAGGCCGAACAGUUCAUCAAGAGCCGACGGUCCUCCAUAGGGAUUCAGGUGGAUGCGGUGGAGACAACAACUGACUCGGACACGGAUAGCAGGGGCCUUCGGGAAUACCACUCCAUUGGAGUCCAGGUGGAAGAUGAAAAGCGGAGAGGGCGAUUCAAGCGCUCCAAUAGCGUGACAGCAAGUGUGCAGGCUGACCUUGAGCUCGAAGGGUUUCCUGGUCCAGUAACCACUGAGGACAAGGCACUUCAGUUUGGUUCUUCAUUCCAGCGUCACUCUGAGCCCAGCACCCCGACCCAAUACACAGGACUCAGGACUGUACGCACGCAGGGUCUGCUGAGCUACAGAGAGGACUAUCGGACACCCACCGACAUCUCCAAUUUUCCACCUCCUGACCCGUGGCUGGAGCCCACCCAUCAGGCUGUAGAACCCGGACGAAUGUCUCCAUGUCGACGGGAUGGACAGUGGUUCAUGAAGCUGCUGCAUGCAGAAACCAAGCGAAUGGAAGGAUGGUGUAAGCAGAUGGAGAGAGAGGCUGAGGAGAAUGACCUGUCAGAAGAAACACUGGGGAAAAUUCGGAGCGCAGUGGGGAGCGCACAGCUACUGAUGUCUCAGAAAUUCCAGCAGUUUUACUGGCUCUGCCAACAGAAUCUGGAUCCCAGUGCGAUGCCACGUCCUACCUCCCAGGAUCUAGCAGGAUUUUGGGACCUUCUGCAGCUCUCCAUUGAAGAUGUCAGCAUGAAGUUUGAUGAACUGCACCAGCUGAAAGCAAAUGACUGGAAACCCAUUGAGCCACCAGAGAAACAGGAGGAAAAGAAGAUUCCGCCCCCAGUACCAAAGAAGCCGCCCAAAGGAAAAAUCCCGAUUGUGAGAGAGAAGUCUCUCGACCUCCCGGACAGACAGAGACAGGAGGCUCGCAAACGGCUGAUGGCCGCCAAGAGGGCGGCUUCCUUCCGACAGAACUCAGCUACUGAGCGUGCAGACAGCAUUGAGAUUUACAUCCCUGAGGCACAGACCAGGCUCUAGUGACAGGCCCUUGCAAAACGCCCUCCUUUUUCUGUUCACCAUCGGCUCUCCAUAUUUGUCAUGUGCAUUUCACACAUUCAAGCCUGAUGGAAUUAGUGACGGGGUUUCCAUGGUUAUUCUUGUCCAGCUACCACUGUGUAUGGUCUUGCUGUUGUGUUGGUUGUAGCAUACGUCACAGAGGAAAUGAUUAUAGUUGUGAGUUUUCUGAACUCUGCAGAAGUCCCGGCAUUCUGGGAGAGGGACUGGUUCCAAACGAUUGCACUAACUAAUCCACCUAACCACCACGCUCUCUCAGAGACUGCUUCAACGGAGGACCUCUUGCAGAGGAAAGCAAAUUCAGCUAAACCACAAUCUUCUGUUGAUUGGUUUGGCCUGUGUGCUCAAAGGAAAAGGUAAAUUGGUAAUCCAGUGUCACUGGAGAGUGCCAGAGGAGAGCUUGGUUGAAACGCAAAGGUGCUGCGUCUUCAACAAAAAAAAGUGGGAAGAAUGCAUGAUAUGUCAGUAUCAUUCCUUGUUUUUUAACAUUAUAAGAGAACCCGGCUCCUAACAGGGAAACGGGAAAGCCCUCUGCUCAGUACCUGAGCAGAACUGUUCCCCACUCAAAACUAUUCAGGGACUCACCUUCAGUGUGCUUUGGGGGAAGUGUAAGUGAACAGGUAAGAAUUAUUCCUUGGAACGAACUCUUAGAGAAUAGUAUCCUCGAGAAUCUAUUGGGACACACAGUACUUUUAUCCACCAUGACAAAGUAUUGAGGCCUCUUGGUCUCAAGAGUUUUUGCCAAAACAUUUAUUGCUUGAAUGGGAGCUAUUUAAA